AAAAUAAUUUAUGUAUGCAUGUACAAAUUAAACAAACUUAUAGCACAGAGAAAAAAUGUCGGCUAAUGAAAAAUUGAUACUUAAUUUAGAAAAGCAGUUAGAACGACUUGUUGAACAACUUAAAGAUUUGGAAGACUGCCGAAGUGAGCUUUCUGAAGAUGAAUACAGUCUGUUGAAAAAUGAAACAGCAGAACAAAUUAAGGAAUUUGAGGCUACUUUAGAUCGUCUACAAAAAGGGAACGUUACCUUAAAUAGUAAAUUCUCUGUGAUGAAAAUUGCUAUUCGCAAAGCAAUAUCAUCAGCUUUUAACACAAAAGACAUGAUUCAAAUGUUUGGCGACCAAAGUUUAAAUGAUCUUGAAAGGCAGUUAGUACAGAUCGAAGAAGAUUAUCAUUUAAAAAAAAUCGAUCAAUCAGCUUUCGAAAAACAUAAGAUUGAUAUAUUGAAACAGCUUCAAACUGAAGGGGCAAUAAUAUCUGAAAUCAAUUUAAAAUUUUUAAAAGAUCGACAAGACCAACAACUUUACCAAAGGUUGGAACAAAUUAAUGAAAAUUAAGAUUUGUGCAAAGGGACAACACCAUUCAGGCGGGCUGUAUUUUGAACGCACAUAAUUUAAAUCAAAGUAUUUUUUUUAAAUCUAAAUUUUGCAAAUUUUCUUCACAUACUAUUGACUAAACAUUUUGUAUUUUUUUAAUUUCAAAUAAAAUUUUACUACGAUAUUUUUUUAAUGUGAAACAUUUUAAA